AUGCCGAAAUACGAUCGUCAGGCUAAUGGAUACAGAGUAUUCGUUGGAGGUGUGGACCCUCGUGUGGGAAAAGUUGAUAUAGAACAAGAGUUCGAGCGUUUCGGUCCGAUAGCAGAUGUAUGGGUCGCCCGAAACCCUCCGGGGUUCGCAUUCAUUGUAUUCAAGUAUGCAGAGGAUGCAGAUCGAGCAGUUAGGCGAAUGGAUGGAAGUCGUCCUUUCGGGUCUCGUCUAAGGGUAGAACAUGCGGUUAAUAAUAAAACUGCAAACAGCCGACGUCACGAUCGUUCGCGUUCUCGUUCCUAUAGCAAGCGUCGACGAGAUUCUCCGCCGCGUCACCGCACCCCCGUACGCCGUUCUUCUUCGGGACGUCGAAGAUCCCCAAGUGAUCUUAGAGACACAAGACGUCACUCACCGCCUGGAUAUGAAAGGAAUAGGUCAGGUCACGAAGACCGUUAUCGUACAAGGUCCCAGUCUUCUAGUAAAAGAUCCAGCAAACACAAAGUUCGACCUCGCUCUAGAACUCCGUCUCGACAGUCCUCACACCGCGACAGCAACCGACACUCUCGCUCUCAGUCGCGAAGCUCUCACAAAAACAACGGGCGUCACAGUCCCACUCCCGAUCGUCACUCGGUUUCGGAUUAUGGUCGUUCCCGCUCGCGGUCACCAGAUGUUGAACGAAGACAUAGUUAUGAAGAUUCUGGUAGUCCUGUUGACGAUGGUCACAAUGCAACUCCUAGCGAUCGCGGUGCGCGUAAUCAUAAUUCCCGUUCUGUGUCCCGCUCACGAUCCCAGUCACAACAGAGCAACCACCGUUUCAGAUCCCGAUCGCCGUCUGACUAUCAUGAUGAGAGUGCCGCAAGAGAACAUUCAUUUGACAGUCAUGCAGGUGAUCAAAGUGGUUAA